AUGGGUCACGAUUAUUGUGCUUCGCCUACAAACUAUUUCAAAUAUCCGCGUCGUGCUACACGCUAUCGUGAUCUUAAAGCAACCGCGAUAUUUCGUUCACUCUAUGCAAGAUUCUUUCCUCGAUCCGAUCAUACAUUUCUUUCAUAUUCCUUACCUGCAACACCUAUUGUCGAACAUCGUGAACUUAGUCCAGCACGACGUCAUAUAUAUAAUCAAAUUGAUAUAUGGCAAGAACCUGACUCGAAACCGGUGUUUUCAUUUACACUUCGACCACGUUUUAUUCAAGAAGGCAUUGGAUGUAAAUUAAUAUGUUGUAUUAACGGUAAACCUACACCAAAAGUACAAUGGUUUAAAGAACGAACGCAGUUAAGCGAUACAGAUCCUCAUUAUUUGACAACUUAUGUACAUGGUGUAUGUACAUUAGAAAUCACAGCAUGUGAAACAUCGGAUAGUGCGAUGUAUCGUUGUUCUGCGACAAAUCCAUUAGGCACUGAUGAAACAUGUUGUCUAGUACAUGUCGACGAAAUACGCCGAAUACGACGAGCUCAUUCAACUCGUCCAGUAGAUGAUGAGGAAAUAGUACAAUAUGCAAGUCGAUCACGACAAACUCAUUCAUCUCGUCAAGUAGAUGAUGAGACAGUAGUAAAAUAUGAAAGUCGAACAUAUUCAUCAUCAUCUUCACGUGUAUCAGGCAGAGAUUCAAGCUGGCGCGAUAAAUUAGGUGCCGGUGAAAAGCCUGCCCAACGUGAUAUACUCGACGUUGAAAAACCAAAACGUAAGGAACGUCGAGAUCCACCAAAAUUUAUUGAACAACUUAUUGAUAUUGGCGUCUUCGAAGGUUCAACAGCGAAAUUAAGCGGUGAAGUCAAGGGCAGACCAACACCAAAAGUUGAAUGGUUGAAGAAUGGCGAGUCCUUGACUGUUGACUCCCGAAUCGAACAAACAUAUGAAGAUGAUGUAGCAACAUUAAUUAUUAAGAGUGUUAAAUUAGAUGAUGGUGGAGAAUAUAUUUGCCGAGCUACAAACGAUGAAGGCUCGGAUACAUCAAGCGCACAAGUUACCAUUAGAGCUCACGUACGUACUGCAGAUGAAGAGGUCGACACUACGUCAACAGCUCAAGAAGAUCAAACUUCUGUUCCAGCUGAAUCACAAGCAGCAAGUGUUGAAACUGCUGCUGCAGUUCCUGAACUUGCUUCUUCUGCUCCAGUACCUGAACCAGUUGCUCUUGUAGCAGAAUCUGUACCAGUUGCUGCUGUUGUAGAAGAACCAGUAUCAGUUGUUGCUGAGCCAGUACCUGCUCCAGUUCCUGAGCCAGCACCAGCUACUGGAAAAGCUGCAGCUACUAAGAAAGCAGCUGUACCAGAAAAGAAAGCAGCUGUACCUGAAAAGAAACUAGUUGGAGCUGCUGCUUUGAAAAAACCAGAACCAGCUAAAAAAGUCGAAGAAAAGAAAGAAGCAGCUAAGAAACCAGAAGAAAAGAAGGAACCAGCAAAGAAAGCUGCUGACGAUAAAACAAAGAAAUCAGCUGUAGAAGAGAAGAAAAAGACCGAAGAAGCUGUACCAAAGCCUGCUCCCGUUGUGGAAGCAGCACCCGUAGAAACACCAAAACCUGCUCCUGCUGUUGAAGAAGCUGUAGCAGAACCAGUUGUUGCUGCUCCUGCUCCUGUGGUUGAAGAAGCUGUAGCAGAGCCAGUUGUUGCUGCUCCUGCUCCUGUGGUUGAAGAAGCUGUACCAGAGCCAGUUGUUGCUGCUCCUGCUCCUGUGGUUGAAGAAGCUGUACCAGAGCCAGUUGUUGAUGCUCCUGCUCCUGUUGAAGAGCCAGCACCAGUUGAAGUUAAAGAGGAAAAAGAAGAAGUCGAAGAAAAACCAGCUGAGCCUAAAUUAAAAUUUUCUCGAUAUGUUAAAUCACAAAAUAUGUUGGAAGGUGAUUCACUUACACUUGAAUGUUCUUGUGAGGGAGUUGCUGACGACAUCGAUGUGGUCUGGUUACGAAAUAACAAAGAAAUUCCUGAUAAUCCAGAUUUUCGUCGCGAACGAGUUGCAAAUGCAUUUAAAUUAGUUGUUGCUGAAGUAUUUCCUGAAGAUUCAGGUGUAUUCUCAGCUUUACUAAAGAGUAAAUCAACAAGUGACCAACUACUUUCUUCUUGUUCGGUCAUUAUACAAGCACGUGACGAAGAACCACUCGAUCCUAACUUUGUUCAAUUUCCACACGGUCUUAGUUUAGAAGAAGGUGGUAAAGCUAAAUUCAGUUGCAAACUUUCCGGGUCAACACCAAUGAACGCUGAAUGGAACUUCAAUGGUAACCCAUUGGAUCAAAAUUCAAGUCGAUUUGCAUUUACAAAUGGUGAAAAAGAAUUCUCAUUCGAAAUUCCUGUUGUUUUGGCAACAGAUCAAGGUCAAUAUCAUGUUACUGCUUCAAAUGACAAAGGAGAAAUCACAGCUGCAUUUAGUCUACAUGUUGAACAAGUUUAA